AGAUAAUAAAAAAGAAUGGACACGUGCAGAAGUGACCGAUUUAAUUGCUUGCUAUGAACAACACCCUUGUUUGUGGAAUGUACUUUCCAAUGAAUAUAAAAAUAAAAUAAUAAAAUCAGAUGCCUUUAAAAAAAUAAGUGAAAAAUUCGGGACCAGUGAGGAAGAAAUUACUAGAGAAAUCCAUAGCCUCCGGAACCAAUUUAAUACGGAAUUAAAGAAAAUUAAUUCUAAAAAAUCAGGACAAGGAAGUGGUGACAAUUAUGACACAAAAUGGCCUUAUUUAAAAAAUUUAUUGUUUAUAAAAACUAGUUUACAGACACGACAAACAACUGGAAAUAUGAAUAUAAAUGAAGAAAGCACGUCUGACUCCAUCAAAGAAAAAACCCAAGAAACCAGUAAGCCGGUGAAAAAGAAAGCGAAGAUAAUAGACGAUAAGGAGGAAUUACUUGCGAAAGCACGAAGCGCACUUUCAAAUGAUGAGUAUGAUAUCUUCAGUUCGUUUAUUGCUGGUGAACUUAGGGCAUUGGGUCACGAUUUAUUGAAAAGAAAAUUAAAGAGAGGGAUUCAGAAACUCGCUUUGAAAAUUGCAGAGGAGGAUGAAGAAUUGAGUUCCUUGGUACAAUUUUCAAAUACCCCAUCGACUUCCACUACAUCAACUUUUGACUACAAUCCUCCAUCCAAUUUAAGUCAGAGCUCUGUGUAUACUGUGCCAAAUGAGUAUACUGAUUUCUGGUUUAUUACAUCAAUAAUAAUUGAUUCUAUCAUGAGCCAAGAAGCUAUACCAUACCCAGAGUCUCCCAACAAAACAGCACUAGCCCUAUUUCAUUUGAUAACGUUGUUUAUAUCAGAAUUCUUCCAUAUCCGAGAGUCGUGUACAGAUCCUGGCCAAGAAACAUCCACACUUGUGAACUCUUCGUUUGAAUUGCACGUUGCUUGUACAUUUAUACUAGCAAAGUUCUUUCUGUUCACAUAUUUGUCGGCAUGCAUAAACGGCUUCAGAAUAGCAGAGGACCGCGUUGCCGAGCGCAAUGUUGCCGUCUCUACCGAAAUUCCUGCGCUCUUGGAGAGAAACAUUGUUGCCACUUCCGACGAGUUUCCGGCACCUUGGGGAAAAACAAUCUUGCCUGAUCUGAACAAUGAGCUUGCGCAAAUUUGGUCUAAAAUAUUACAGGAAAGUCUGUCUCCCGAGGUGCUAACCACUAUAUUGAGCAAGUAUUCUCCGCUCAGUAAUCUAAGCAUCGCUACUGCUCCCAAACUCAAUUUGGAGAUCUUAUCGGUUCUUACGGAACAGCACAAACAGCGAGAUCUACGACUCGCUAAGCGUCAAGACCAGAUGGGAGCCGCUCUGGUGGCAAUUGGAAAAGCACUGACAAUCCUCUUGGAAAAAGGGGAGGGGCACAUACAAGAGUGUGGGUUGAAUGGCUCGGGGAUGCAGGGCGUUUAA